AUGAAGGGCUUUUUCAAGUCCAUAUUACCAAUUUAUAAUUUAUAAGAAUCGAGUCGAGAAUUAUAGUCUAAGGAGAGAAAUCUAAGUAGAUAAUAUUCAGUAUGUUGAAUAUUAUCUGAUACAUAGGUAUUCCAAUUGAAGAGAGGUAGGUUCUAUAUAUUAAAUUCUAGUUCCUUAAAUAUGUGUGAAGCCACCGAUUGAAAAGGCAAGGUAAAGAGCAUAAUCUGAUAAUUCUCACGCCUGCUCAAAUUUUAGAGAAUAAAAAAAUUGA